AUCUCUUCCUCUUUGCCGAGGUUUUUGUUGCUGCUUUCCACUGCGGACUCACAACCGAUCACUACCGAUUUCCACACUGCGGCUGAUCGCUACUGUUUCCUUCAUCCGGUCCAGCCCUAGUUCUUCAUUGGUGCCCUAGAUCUGAUCUGCCCAUCUCCGGCUACUCAGUUUCAGUGAUACUGUUCGCCAUCUAUUCGGAGCAUCAGUUGUUAUCACCGGCCAUAAUUUCCAGCAAACUCACAACAAUUGUCUUCUGCUUGGUGCAGGAAAUGGCAGAGGCUGUGACGAAAGAUUUUGGAAGGAUUGACAUCUUUGUGCAUUCUCUUGCCAAUGGACCAGAGGUAACGAAGCCACUCUUGGAGACAUCUAGAAGAGGGUAUCUUGCUACAAUUUCAGCUUCGAGUUACUCUUUUGUCUCCCUGCUUCGGCACUUUCUUCCAAUAAUGAAUCCAGGCGGUGCUUCAAUAUCUUUGACAUACAUAGCUUCCGAAAGGGCAAUCCCAGGAUACGAAGGUGGAAUGAGCUCAGCAAAAGCUGCAUUGGAGAGCGAUACAAAAGUGCUGGCUUUUGAACUGCACUUGCUUGCCACAAAGCAUCAGGUGCCCUCAAGAGUACUGGGAAGAAUGCCGACAAACUAAAAAAAUGGAGAGACUU